UGUCGGCGGUUUGCGGCGAGCGGUUGGCUUUUCUCAGCGGAGGAAGCGCGAAAUCUUGUCCGGCGGGUGAAAUCUUCGGCCGAAGAAACAAACAACAGAGCGACAAGUGCGUAGUGCGAGCCAAAAAAAAAAACAGAAAUAUUUCGCGAUUGUAGAAAACCGUGAGCCAAACAAAUGAAUCGCGAAUAAUCGAGGCCAGUCACCGAGGCAGAGCCGCGAAUUAUGGCACAAUAUUGCCUAUAAAUAGUGUGUCCACAAGAAAGAAAAAGUGGAGACCGGAGAGCCGUAAAAAGGGAAAGAGUGAAGACUCGAGUGAAGAAAUCGGAAACCGAGACAGAAACAGAAAGAACAAAGGCGGGUUCGUUGUGGGUCAAGAACGAAAGUUCGGCUCGAAGUGCCCGUUGAUUGUGCAUUUUUGGGAGAGGUCAAGCCGCCAGUGGAGCUCGGUACCUGGCUAACCUGGCUUACCUGGCUUACCCGGCGUAGCGGAGUCCACAAGUCGGCACCAUGACGCAGCAGCAGCCUCCGUGGCCGAGUCCCAGGGGAAACUGCUGGCUCAUCCUCGCGGCCCUUCUGGCGGUUCUCUCUGUGGCAAACGCCCUGCCCUUCCUGUUCACGCACAUCAAGCCGCAGAUCAACUGGACGCAGCCGGAAAUGGAGCGCUGGGUGAUCGAGGAGCAGCCGCGCAGCAUCCAGCCGCACUUGGAGCCCGCCGAGCACCCGAACCGCUCCCAUCGCACGCUGCCCUCGGACGCCUCGGACUCGGAGUUCCUGCAGCGCCUGGUGGACAUCCGGCACAACCAGACGGCCAGCUCCCGGAUGCUCUGGUACGACGUGGCCGGCGGAGACGGCCUGGUGUACCCCCCGUUCGUGGACAAGGCGCUCAAGCUGCUGAACCUCAAGCAGGUGGCCUUCGAGAUCGAGAACAGCGUGAUGUCCAAGGUGACCUGCACCGCCUGCAGAGCGGGCGCCGGCAUGCUGCAGCACCAGAUCCAGAGCGGCAAGACGGACGCGGAGCUGAUCCGCAUGAUCAGCGACUACUGCACCAACCUGAACAUCCAGAGUGCGCGGGUCUGCCAGGGAGUGGCGCAGCUCUUCGGCAGCGAGCUGAUCUACGUCCUCAAGCGGGUCAACCUCAGUCCCGACGAGCUCUGCAGCUUCGUGAUCGGCGACGGCUGUGCGGACGUGUACAACCCCUACCACGAGUGGGAGGUGAUCUUCCCGCCGGUGCCGAAGCCGCCGCGGCUGGCCGACCUGCCCAUUCCCCUGGAGGCCGCCCCCUUCUUCAAGGUGCUGCACAUCUCGGACACCCACUACGAUCCCCACUACGCCGAGGGAUCCAACGCGGACUGCAACGAGCCGCUCUGCUGUCGCCUGAGCAGCGGUCGUCCUGCCACGCCGAAUGCGGCGGCCGGCAAGUGGGGCGACUACCGGAAGUGCGACACCCCCAAGAGGACCGUGGACCACAUGCUCUCGCACAUCGCGGAGACGCACAAGGACAUCGACUACAUCCUGUGGACGGGCGACCUACCGCCGCACGACGUGUGGAACCAGACGAAGGAGGAGAACCUGGCCAUCAUCAAGGACACCGUCAAGCAGAUGGUGGAGAUGUUCCCGGGCAUCCCCAUCUUUCCGGCCCUGGGGAACCACGAGAGCGCCCCGGUGAACAGCUUUCCUCCGCCGUAUGUCAACCAGGUGGACAUCUCCAUCAGCUGGCUCUACGACGAACUGGAUGUCCAGUGGCGCCGCUGGCUGCCCCAAAGUGUGACCCACACGGUGCGACGGGGAGCCUUCUACUCGGUGCUGGUUCGCCCUGGCUUCAGGAUCAUCUCGCUAAACAUGAACUACUGCAACAACAAGAACUGGUGGCUGCUCCUCAACUCCACGGAUCCCGCCACCGAGCUGCAAUGGUUCAUCUACGAGCUGCAAAGUGCCGAGUUCUCCAACGAAAAGGUGCACGUCAUUGGCCACAUUCCCCCAGGACACUCCGACUGCCUUAAAGUCUGGUCCCGCAACUUCUACAAAAUCAUUUCGCGUUACGAGAGCACAGUGACUGCCCAGUUCUACGGACACACGCACUACGACGAGUUUGAAAUGUUCUACGAUCCCCAUGAUCUGAACCAUCCGAACGGAAUCGCUUACAUAGGACCCUCUGUUUCGCCGUAUUACGAUCUGAAUCCUGGCUACCGGAUCUACUACGUGGACGGCGAUCACGACUCCACCACGCGACUGGUCAUCGACCACGAGUCCUGGAUAAUGAACCUAAAGGAGGCCAAUCUGUACGGCUAUCCCAUCUGGUACAAGCUCUACACAGCACGAGCGGCCUACAACAUGAAGGCUCUGCGUCCCAGUGACUGGAACAACCUGCUUAACGAGCUGACCAACAACCAGGAGCUCUUCGAGCUGUACUACAAAUAUUACUGGAAGAACUCGCCGGCGAGACCAACCUGCGACGCCGAGUGCAAGAAGCGACUGAUCUGCGACUGCCGAAGUGGACGUUCCCACGACCGAAAGCACUUCUGUGCAGAGGUCGAGUCCAAGAUCGACGAGGAGUCGUCCAAGUCCUGGAAGUCCUGGUUCUACAAGGGACUGACCAACUCCUAUAGCCUGCUGUCCUCCAUCACCUACCUGCCCAAAUACCUGCUGGGGUAUCGCUGAGCUAAAGGAUCUGAUCCGUCAGUCAAGUGCGAGUCAAUGCAAUAGGAAUGAGAGAAGCCACCUACCCCAUAAGUUUACUAUGUGAUAACUAGUGCUUAAAUCCCUCUUGUCUAAGUUUGUCUAAACACAAUGAUGUCCGGAGUGGCCUGCCACCAAAACUGCGACUUAAAAAACUUAGAACACGCCCCUCGGAAUCUGAGUCAGUGAAGAAAUAGUCAUUUAACUGUAGUCGAUCGAGUCGUCGUUGCUGCCAAUGCUGCCGCAUUUCGGGGCGUGGCAGGUGCGCCCUUCUACGUAAUGGAAAUUGUUGAACAAAUUACCUUUUAGACACCUAAUUGUAACGCUAAUUUAGGGCUUAUCUUUAACAUCUUCAAUAAAGUGCAAUUAUUUUUAUAAAACCAG